CCUCCGAAAAAGAGGAGGAAACACAGAAACCUAAAAAGGCUUUCCGUAUAUUACCUCUCUCACCUUUCCUUUUCUUUCAUGGCCAAAAUGGAAUCAAUCAGCUUCUCUCUGGCCAUCACCACAUCUUAUUCUUCCUGAACCUAUCUUCUGACUUCUGCAUUCCUUCCUUCUUCUUUUAUAGUUUAUAUUUUUCCCUUCAAUCGAUCGAGAGUGAAAAUGGCUCAAUCCUGCGUUAAAGUCGCUCGAACCAACAAUCUCAAGAACCUAGUGAACCGUCGUGUUUUGAUUCUCCGUCGAUUCACGCGCAUUCUCCUGAACAGAAUCGUCCCUUGCACUCCCGGCAAAUCACAGAGUUAUCUCUUGUUGUCACGCGCCGCCACUCCCUCUCCCAGUGUCUCUCGUUCUCUCCCUCCUCCGGUCGUGGACAGUGAUGUCGCACGCCGCACAUCGGUACACGACCACGACAGCAGCAACCGGAGAUCUGACUCUGAUCUUGUCUCUCUGAAAAUCAGCCUCUUAGGAGAUCCCGACACCGGAAAGACUUGCUUCCUGGCGAAGUAUGUUGGCGGAGAGAAACAAGUUGAGAUGAGAGAGUUGGAGAAAGGGAUCCAUUGUACGGACAAGACGUUAUCCAUGGGAGGAGCUCGCAUUUCCUACAGUAUCUGCGAGUUACAAGGCGCUGAGAAAUCACGUGAUCUAAUCCCCACGGCUUGCAAGGACUCUGUAGCCAUUCUCUUCAUGUUCGAUCUCACCAGUCGUUGCACACUCAACAAUGUGAUUAGCUGGUAUCAACAAGCUAGAAAGUCUAACCAGACGGCGAUUCCAGUUAUGGUAGGAACAAAGUUUGAUGAGUUUAUUCAGCUUCCUAUUGAUCUGCAAUGGACUAUUGCUAGCCAGGCGAGGACCUACGCCAAGGCGCUAAACGCGACGCUCUUCUUCUCGAGUGCUUCAUACAACAUAAACGUAAAUAAGAUCUUCAAGUUUGUGACCGCGAAGCUCUUCGACUUACCAUGGACUGUGGAGAGAAAUCUCACCGUCGGAGAACCUAUCAUCGACUACUAGCAUCUUCCAAAACGUAUUUGUAGAUAAUAUCUAAUAUAAAAAGAAGUGAACCCGAUGAUAGUGUGUUUUUUUUUGUUUCAUUCACCGCCGUGGGAUUGAUCGGAGCACCGUUUCUAGCCGUCUUUAAAGCGAAAUGGAGAGAUGAGGCGGCGGAGAUUUCGCCCGCUUUCUUCUGUUUCUUUUUUUAUUUAAACAAGAAAAAAAAACAGAGAACAAAUGGUAUCGAGAGAAAAUUAGCAGAAAGAAAAGAAAAGAGAGAGGAGAUUGUGGAUUUUUUUCUUUAUUCUUUUUGUAAUGUUUCUGCCUUCGAUUACCGCUGGAGAAUUUUGGUUCCAGUAAAGUCUAAAUAGUAAAUACCAUUUCGUUUUUAGC